GACCGCUAAAAGAAUCGUGGCUGGGCAUGACAUUUUUGUUGGAAUUCUUAUUUCAUUAUUUUAUCUUAUGUUUGUUUCUUUUGUUUUUUUGUUGUUGUUUGGUUGUAUGGUUAGUGAUAGGUAAUUUAGUUAUAUGUUAGUUUCAUAUUUUGCUGUGGAUUAUACACAAUGCUGUCCAGUACAAAGAAAUCAACUGCUAAACGUAAUUGCUACAUCUACAUUGUCUUUCAUGUCAUGUGUACACUUGCAUUGCAAUAAAAGUUUAAUUCGCAAGGUGUCACUAUAGAACUAGAAGAAUUGUUAUGACGUAAAAAUAAAAUGGUUGCUUUACCCGCCCGUUCAGUGUCAGUGGCCAUAUAUGUUUGCGUAAUAUCACAGGGAAUGAAGUGAGAACAUGCAUUAGUCCUAGGGCACGUUUUAGUCUGAUAUAGAUGAUAUUAUGAUCAUAUACAGGAUUAAUUAGCAUUCGUUUGUCGUGAUUUUAAAGCGCUCAAAAUGGAACAAAGGAGAGGAGCUUCUUGGCGAAGGGUACACGUAAGACUUGCCUUUAUGGCUGUAGCGUUGUUGUUUGGAAAAGCGGUAUGGGCACAGAUACGGUAUUCUGUUACUGAAGAGCAGAAGGACGGCACCGUAAUUGGAAAUAUUGCAAAGGAUUUAGGACUUGAUGCAAGAAGCUUACGAGACAGAGGAGUCCGCAUAGUGACAUCCUCAGGAGAGUCACUGUUUAAGGUAAAUAAGAAUGAUGGAGCGUUGUAUAUUAGUGGAAAGGUAGACAGAGAUACGCUGUGCGAGAAAAUCACAUUGUGCACGAUCGUGCUAAAAAUUGCAAUGGAAAAUCCACUGGAAAUUCAUUAUGUGACUGUAGAAAUUAUAGAUAUGAAUGACCAUUCUCCUGUUUUUACUGAAAAUGAAACUCAUUUAGAGAUAUGGGAGUCAGCAUUACCUGGAACGCGUUUUCAGCUUCAGCCAGCCCGUGACCCUGACAGUGGAUUAAAUUCUGUUCAAACGUAUAAACUCAGCCAGAACGAUCAUUUCCGACUCGAAGUCAAAGAUCGUGGAGAAGGAGGAAAAAUUCCAUUUUUGGUCAUACAGAAGCCCAUAGACAGAGAGGCCAUGCAAAGCAUGAAAAUGUUAUUAACUGCUGUCGACGGUGGAAGACCUCCCAAAUCGGGAACAAUGGACAUAACUGUUCGUGUGUUGGAUGUAAAUGAUAACAUGCCAGUUUUUACAAUGGAUGUUUAUUCCGUCCAACUAAAUGAGAACGCCCCUAUAGGUACCACUGUCAUACGACUGAAUGCCACGGAUAUUGAUGACGGUUCAAACGGAGAAGUUGUUUAUUCGUUUGCCAAUAAUGUUGACAGUAAUUUGCACAAACUUUUCGAUAUCGAUUCCAUCACCGGACAAAUUGUUGUAAAAGGACACAUUGACUUUGAAGCAACGAGUGAGUAUGAAAUUGAUAUAACAGCAUCAGACAAAGGUACUGUACCACUGACAACAGAUAAAAGCGUAAUAAUAAAAAUAAUUGAUGUCAAUGACAAUGCGCCGGAAAUUGAGCUGACAUCACUUUCAAGCUCGGUUUCAGAAGACUCCAGACCUGGCACUACAGUUGCUUUGAUAAGCGUGACUGAUUUAGACUCGGGAAUUAACGGGAAAGUUUUCUGUUCAGUUCCUGAAGAUGUACCAUUUAAAUUAAUGUCAUCUUCACAGGAGAAUAUGUAUUCAUUAGUUACCACAGCAACAAUUGACAGAGAAAUGCAGUACAAAUAUGAUAUUACAUUAGUUGCCAAAGAUGCAGGAAAACCCUCUUUAUCAUCAUCAAGACGUUUAACAAUCUCGGUAUCAGAUAUAAAUGAUAAUAGUCCAGAGUUUUCUCUCUCCCCUUAUACAUUUCACGCUAUGGAAAAUAAUAUGCCAGCCAUGUCUUUGUUCUGUGUUUCAGCUUCUGACAGGGACUCAAAUGAAAACGCAAUAGUUACUUAUGAAAUAAUGAGAGAAAAUGGCGAAGAUAAUAAACUAAUGUUUGUGAAUAUAAAUCCAGAAACUGGAUGUAUUUAUGCACUAAAAUCGUUCGAUUUUGAAAGUUUAAAGAAGUUCAAGUUCCACGUGAUUGCUACAGAUUCUGGAACUCCGUCACUAAGCAGCAACGUGACAGUGAACGUGUUUAUUCUGGAUCAGAACGAUAACGUUCCAGUGAUUUUAUAUCCAGUCAGUGCUAACGGUUCUGCUGAAGGUGUGGAGGAGAUUCCCCGCAAUGUCAACGCAGGACAUUUGGUGACUAAAGUGAGAGCCUAUGACCCGGAUAUAGGAUACAACGGCUGGUUAUUAUUUUCACUGCAGGAAGUGAGCGACCACAGUCUCUUUGGUUUGGACCGUUAUACAGGACAGAUAAGGACCCUCCGCCCUUUCACAGAAACAGACGAGGCUGAGCGUAAACUGGUCAUACUGGUCAGAGAUAAUGGAAACAUUUCACUUUCAGCAACAGCCACUGUAAUCAUCAAACUUGUUGAACCCAAAGAGGCUAUUGCUGCGUCUGAUGUCAAAAACACAGUAAAAGAAGAAAAAGAAAAUGAUGUUACAUUUUAUUUGAUCAUUACUUUGGGGUCCGUUUCAUUUCUUUUUAUCACCAGUAUCAUUGUUCUAAUUGUAAUGCAGUGCUCCAAAUCUACAGACUAUUCCUCAAAAUAUCUACAAGAAACAAAUUAUGACGGGACACUGUGCCACAGCAUCCAGUACAGAUCCGGAGAUAAGAGCUACAUGUUAGUUGGACCAAGAACCAGUAUCGGUUCUACUAUAGUUCCAGGCAGUAAUGCGAACACGCUUGUGAUUCAAGAUCGCAGGAGGAGAACAUAUGGGGAGAGCACACUGCAGCCCAAGGGUCCCAAUGCAGACUGGAGAUAUUCAGCUUCUCUCAGAGCAGGAAUGCAAAGCUCAGUCCAUAUGGAGGAGUCAUCUGUGAUGCAGGGGGCUCAGGGCGUUCUGGUCCAGAAUUGGCCUACUGUCUCCAGUGCUCCAGAUAAUGAGGGUGGUGAGGUGUCUCCUCCUGUAGGCGCUGGUGUCGACAGUAACAGCUGGCAUUUUCGGUAUGGUCCAGGCCCUGGCAUGCCCCCUCAGCAUCUGAAGCCAGGUGAAGUUCCACCUGAAGCUUUCAUCAUUCCUGGCUCUCCUGCUAUCAUCUCCAUCAGACAGGGGCAGGAUGGUGAUGAUAAGAGUGACUUCAUCACUUUUGGCAAGAAAGAGGAGGCCAAGAAGAAGAAAAAGAAGAAGAAGGAAAAAGAGAAGAAAGACAAGAAGGAAAAAGGGAAAGAUGAUGAUGACUAGAAACCGCUAUUAUACACACAUAUAUAUAUAUAAGACAGAGAUCUCAACAGGAAUCAUGAUGGAAGUGAUUAAUAAGGUGAUGGGUGAGGACUAUGUUUAUUUUCUUAAUUUAUGUACUAAAACAAGUAUUCGUUGUUGAGUUGUGAUGUCUGACUCAACUUUCAAAAUUGCUGUCAAUAUUGGCUUUACAUAACUCAAUUCACUUUGAUCAAAUUAUUGAUUAGUUUUCCUCCAUGCUCACAGUGCCUGACCACCCAAUUUUCUCAAAAGACAGCCGUGAGAUAUAAGAAGAUUACUGUUGACACCUCUGUCUUAUUUAUGAUUGUGGUUUCAGUUUUCUGUUCUCAGAAAGGAAGACAAAAUCAGACUUAAAAAGGUUACAAGCAGUGCACCACUUCUGAUUAUCAAAUACGUAUCAAAAAUUUAAAAAAAAGGAAAAAAAGAUGAACAAGUUAGGAACAGAAAAGGAUAAGCUUUGAUACUAGAAGUGGAUUGCAUGCUGUUGUAAAUAUGGUGCCAACAGAGAAGUUGUGUGCCAUGUUGUAAAGAAAAACUGGUUUACUAUGAAGAAACAGUGCUAAACUAAUGCUUCUGCUUGCUCUGCUUUAUGUUUGUGUAUACACUAUGGAGAAGUAUCUCAAAUCAAUAAGGAAUAUGUGGAUAUACCACCUGACACCCAGCAGCAAAAUAAAUAAGAAAGAUAAAACAGCGGUGAAUGGUAUAAAGCAAGCACAUUAUGAUUACCAGCACUCUCUCCCAGUCAUUAUAAGCGCAUUAUCUGAAAAUCUAAAAAUGUAACACUCAUGCACAUGCUUGUACAGGGUCAAAAGUUAACACUCCACUAAUGAUAGCUCCACUUUUGUUGUGCCUAUGUUUGUUUUUUCAAAGAUGCAGCUUUGCCUCAGUAAAUUUUAGUAUGUAUUUAAGCACAGGGCAAAAAUAAAUGGAGGAACUAAUGUCUGGCAAAAAAGCAGCAGAGAUUUGGUGCAUGUAGUGGUAACAAAGCUACAUAAACAACAAAGGAUGAUUAAAGACUAAAAUAAUAAUGUGUGUGGUGUUGCUAAGAUGGGUAGCUGUUAUAGUUGUACAAUACAUGUAAAAAAAAAAAAAAGAAAAAAAACAGUGUUAGUGCUAAUGUACACAACAUGCAACCAUCACCCUGAAAAUUUUCAGCGACCUGAAGUGUAUGCUUUGAAUGUUUGGUAUCGCUGCCCUUGAGCCUGUUUUUUUAUUAAACCUUAAACUCUGAUCUUUAAUCUAUUUUUGUGCCUGCUUUCUCAUCUAACAUGAGGAUGUGGUGUAUGGAUUUGUCCUAUACAAAAUACCUUUGCCUUUCUGGUUGGAAGGCUAAAAAAUGUUCAGCUGACUUAGAUAACAAAUUAGGCUUACUCUUGAGUGUUGUUUUAGCAAACAAAACUGUUUUUUAAGAUCUGAUUUUACAAGCUUUAAUUAAUCUGUAUUGCAUUUGUACAGCUCAUCUUUUGCUCUCUCUGACUCUUUCUACCUUGCUUUAUGCUCUGUUCUGUUUUGAAUGUUGAAUAGGACAGCUCCAGUCAUUGUACUUCAACCAGUACACUGAACACCACUCCUCUCAGUGUGUAAGUGUGUGUCACCAGUGAACAGUAUAAUGGAUGCCGGUCCUUGUAUUUCACUGCUUGUAUUUGGCAAGGGUAGACUGGAGGAAACAGAAGGGAGAGUCAAAGAAUGGUCAGGGGGUGGAGUUUCACCAGAGCAUGACAUGAAGAGAAGUGGCAGUUUUACCUAUUUGAAAUUCAUUUUUCCCUGUUGUUCUACAUAGGAAAUUGAACUGAGAAGGUUACUGAAUUACUGCAGUACAAAGUCUAAAAAUCAACUGACUCCACCCCAGAUAUUAAUCUUUGCACUGAAAGCUUCAUGCUUUUGCUUCAUUGGAUCUCUCCCCCUGUCUGUUUACACUGUACAACCUCAUGACUUAAACCAAUAUCACAGUGGCUCAGCUGUGACUGCUGCAUGACCUAACCAGAAAGGAAUCUCUUACUAGAUAGAUAUAUAUGAAUAUACAUAUAGAUUGCUAUAAUUUUGCUAUUUUUGUUUCUUAUUUGUAUUCCAUUACAUUCACAAGAGAUUUGCAUAUUGUACUGUCUCUGCCAAGCCUUUGCAUAAUGAUAUUUUCCUCACCCACUCAGAGUGUACAUCUACCAUGUUACUAAGCCUUCUACUUAUUUGUAACUGCUUUAUAGUGUGAUGACCUAAAGCUCCUGCUCAAUUUACUGUUUUUUGAUUUUGCUUUUGGAAACUAAAUGCGAAAAAAAAAAACACAUUUGUGUAUGGCUUUGACAUACUGAUCUAACACUUUAUUAUUGUAACUAAAUUACUAUGUAUGACAACACUAUCUCUUUUCCUUCACCUUUCCCUUUGAAGGAUAAAAAGCUUGAAAAAAAAAAAUGAUGUAAAAUACAGUAUAUGUAGUGUAUGCUUGUACCUAGUGAGCCAUCAUAUGAUCAUUAUUUCUCAGUGUCUGGUAGUGGUCAGUAGGUGGUAAAGCACUGUUCAAAUGGGCAGGGCUCAUCUGUGGUAUCUUUUGUACACCUGCUCAUCAAACUGUGACAGUGAAGUAGUAAAAUCCAUUUCUCUCUUUCUCUUUUCUAUUUCAUUUUGAUGAACAAGGUGGUACAGUGUUUUGUUUAAUGAAUCACCAAAAACAAAUAAAGUUUGCUUUCUUAAUAAUGUGAAACAUGA